AUGGUUUUUUGUUGCAAGAAAAGACAGAGUCAGGCAGUGAGUACCAUGAAAAACAAAGCACGUGAAGCUAAAGACAAAGCCUCAGAAAUGGAGCAUUGUGCGCAAGACCACACUCGAGGGUCAAAGGAUCAAAUCGGCAGUUACCUUUCGGAGAAAGCUGGCGCGGUCAAAGACAAGACUUAUGAAAUAGCUGAAUCUGCCAAGCAGAAGGGGGCUGCUGAUGCUAUGAAGCACACAUUUGGCAUUGCUGAUGUUGAUCAGGAUGAUUCGAACGUUAAUACUAGGACUAGGAGGGAUUAA